CCUUAUCAUAAUAGUAUGCAAAUCAUUAGGGAUGAGAUGAUAAUGAAUAACUAAAUUCUAGAUUUUGGUAUGACAGAAAAUCAAAAAAUUGAAUCAAUCUGUCAGCAGUUAAAACAUAUUUGUACUGUUUCUUUAAAACUCUUACCUCCUAAAUCAAGAUAAAAACCAAUAAGAAAGAAGAGAGUAUUGAAAAAAUGGUUUAAAAUCCAUACCUCAAAAAAAGAGUCAAAGCGUGUUCAAUCUAAAAAGACUAUUCCAAACUAUUUUGAAGUCUCUCGAAAUGAAAUGGAAGAGAAGAUUGCAUUAAUUAGUGGAUUAUAGCAAUAGAUACAAUAAUUAAAGUUGAUGAUGCCUCAAAUAUGAGUUAUGAAUAAUCAUUUUCUUAAAUUCUUUAUAAAUAAAAUUUAGAUGUCUCAACUAUUUUAUACAUGGAAGAUGGCAGAUGAUUUAGUCUACAUACAGAUAUACUCUAUCAAGACAUGCAAAGAC